CCGGAUGGUGUGCCGGGUUGUUUUAGUCAUGCGGUGGUUAGUGCUGUGUUUGGUGGUCGUUCCGGUGGUGACGGCUGAUGGCCGGUUGCCGAACGAUACGCUCCCGUUACACUACGAUCUACAUCUGGAGGUGACCGGACUUGGGUUGAAUGAUUACAGCUACCGGGGAAAUGUUUCGAUACGGAUCGCAAUCGUUCGUGAUACGGAUCAGAUUGUCCUGCACAACUUGGGCAAUACGCUGAGGUCGAUUAGGGUGCGACGAUGUCGGGAUGGUGUGCCGAUACCUCACCAGCUGCUCGAAACGGAUGAAGCUAGUGAGCAGCUGCGCAUACGUACCGAUCGAGUGUUGGAUCGAGUGCACGAUCAGACGAUCCAGCUAGUGAUUGAGUUCAACAACACGCUUGGUGAGGACCAUAUGGGAUUUUACCGCACACAGUACCGUGGUCAUAAGCGAGUCCCGAUGGUCGUGGCUACGACACACUUCCAACCGAGCUACGCCCGUAUGGCGUUUCCGUGUUUCGAUGAACCAGGGCUGAAGAGUACGUUCCAGAUAACGAUCGUCAGUAAUGCUAGCUAUCUGGUUGCUUCUAAUACACCGAUCGAGACGAUCUCCUGGCUGCUGGAUGGGUACAAGGUGGUACGGUUCGAGCGAACACCACCAAUGCAAACGUAUCUGGUAUCGUUUCUGGUCGCCAACUUUACCUCCGUGCACGCCAUGAGUCCUUCCGGCGUAAAGGUUGGAGUUCUCGCACCACCGAAAGAUGAGAAAAUGUUACAGUACAGCUUACAGGCGGCAACUACGCUGCUAACCAGCUUGGAACAGUACACCGGACAGAAGUUGGGCUUGAAGAAGCUAGACCACGCCGCUAUACCAGCGUUCGGGAACGCUAUGGAGAACUGGGGCCUGGUAUCGUACGACGAACAGUUCCUGGUGCUGUCGGCAAACGCUCAUCGGUUACAGCGUUCCCAGGCGGUACUGACAAUCGCUCACGAAACGGCCCAUCAACUGUUCGGCAAUCGGGUUGGACCGGCGUGGUGGUCCUAUCUGUGGCUAAGCGAAGGGUUUGCGACGUACUUCGAGAUACUGUUGGGAAGUGAAGCGUACCCGGAGCUACUGCCGCUGGAGGAAUCUUUCGCCGUACGGCACAUGCGGCCCGCCCUGUUGGCGGAUGCGUACGAGGGUGCCCAUCCGCUCACGGUAGAACCGCUGGCAGCUGACUCGGUACGGAUCGAGAUGCUGUUCGAUACGAUCACGUACAGCAAGGCGGGAUGCAUACUGCGGAUGAUUAACUGUUCGAUCGGCGAGCGGGAGUUCAAGCGCGGAGUCCGGCGAUACCUCGAGACGUACCGAGAUGGGAUCGUGUCGCCGGAUGAUCUGUAUGGCAGUUUCAGGCAGGAGCUACCGGAAGGUCCAACGGUGGAGCAAAUCUUUCGCAGCUGGACAGAUAAACCGGGCUAUCCGGUGGUGGCGGUCGAGCGGCUUAACAGUUCCCAUGCACGGUUUCGUCAGCAGCGGUAUCAGCAGGAGGAGGAGGCCACCCGGGACACUGUCUCACGGUGGUACAUUCCCAUCACGUACUACACGAACAGUAGUGCGGGAAAGUUCGAGUACAGGCCAGCGUUUUGGAUGAGCGAAAGUGAUCAGGAGCUAGUGGUCCAGCUGGAGAUGGACUGGCAAGAUGUGUUGAUUGUGAACCCGCGGCAGAUAGGUUUCUACCGUGUGGAGUACGACGAUCGUGGUUGGAACAGUAUCGUGGACAUUCUAUCUUUGCUGCCGCCCGUUGUGCAGGCUAAGCUGGUGGAUGAUGCGUUCGUGCUGGCGCGUGUCGGACAGGUCGGGUACGAGAUAUGUCUCGAGAUACUGCAGGAGCUGGCGGCCAACCCGAAUCCCGUCCCGUGGUUAAUUGCGAUGGCGGAAGAGAACGUCGGGUUCUUGCAGCGGGUCCUUCAGUCGGACCAGUUUGAUCGGUUUGUGGCUGGGUUCGUCGGGGAAAUGUUUGGUCUGGCCGAAACCUUUACCCGGUCUCUCUUCCAGUCGCAAGCACUUGAGCGUGCCUUCGAUUGGUGGGCUCGGUUAGGAGAUUCCACAGGUCGCGGCGAGAGCAAAUCUGGAUCAUCUGGUAACAGCCAACGAUCAGCUUGUCCACCGCUAAGUGUGGAGAAAAUAGUGGAAGGCUUACUAUCACCCGAUGAGGCCGUACGGGAUCGGUUAUUCGCCCGUUUAAAAUGUCAGCCAAGGCAAGCGAAUGGACCACUCCUGCUAGCGUUAGAACGGGUGAGCGAAAGCAAGCUCCUUCCCUUCGGCAAGCUAUUGGCCGUGCUGGAGAGCAUGAUUAAGUCCUACCCGGGACACUUGCUACACCCAAUCGUACGUUUCCUCGGCACCGUAGACCCGGUCGAGAUGGGCCGCGAUGGACAACGGUUGCAGCAGCUGCUAAAUAUAAUCAUACACGAGGUCACUGACCCGGGCGAGGCAGCGGAAGUUCAGAAGCUGAUUGUCAAAAAUGCUUCCGUCCUGGGGGUAAACUUCCCGGCCCAUGCGAACACCGUCAUGACGUCAACUAUCAGCUGGCGGAUGAAGCAGGUACCGAAGCUAAGGGAAUUUGUGGCCGAAUCACGGAUGGCCAGCUAUUACGGGAAGCAAGACGACCCAGCGGUGGUGCGAGAAGGAGGCCGAUGAAUUAAUGAAGGGGGAGUUCCGGUGUUCUUUAACGUGUGUGUGUGUGUGUAUGGAGGAUGUCCUUUUGUAGGUAGGAGGUUUUAUGGAGCUGGGCGCCAUUACAGUGGGAUGAAAAUGUUUGUCACCGUCGCGUUUUUGUUAGGUUAAGUUUUCUUGCUAUUUUGAAUUAUAAUAAAGUUACUUAAGAAAGUUGGCAAAAAU